AUGAAACUAGCUUCGACAUAUGUUAGAGAAUUAUAUGCUCUUAUAGAAGAUGUUAAGCGAUGGAGACAUUAUCUCAUAAGAUCACAGUUUGUGGCUAGAACUGACCAUCGAAGUCUCAAAGAGCUAUUAACUCAAACGAUUUCCACACUUGAACAGAAAAAAAUAUCUUUUGGAGCUACUUUGAGGACAAGUAUUGCAUAUCAUCCUCAAUUAGAUGGACAAAUAGAGGUUCUGUGCAAUGCGAUGAAAAGGGUUGGAACUGAUGAUGGAUUAACUCGUGUGAUUGUGACCAGGGCUGAGGAGGACCUGAAGGACAUUAAAGAGCUAUAUUACAAGAGAAACAAUGUUCACCUUGAGGAUGCAGUGUCCAAGGAAAUCUCAAGAGACUACAAGAAGUUCCUCCUCACUCUGUUGGGGAAAGAAGGCUAA